GGUGAGGCCUCCAUCACCGUCUUCAACGGCGAUCUGAUCCGUGCCUCCACUUCACUUAUUCGAUCGGAAGGUAUAUAGUCUGAUGAAAAGCGGUGAGAAAUUCGCGGAGAGAUCAAUUUUCACUGCUUUACAGGGGAAAUCGUGUCCGAUAUGCCUGGAAAACCUAACUGACCGAAGAGCCACCGCCGUGAUCACGGCGUGCAAACACGGAUACUGCCUUGUUUGUAUUCGUAAGUGGAGCGGGUUCAAGAGGAACUGCCCUCUCUGUAACACUCGUUUUGAUUCGUGGUUUAUCGUCAGUGAUCUUGCUUCUAGAAAAUACCAUAAGGAGCAUUUACCGAUUCUUCAUGAUCGUGAGACUUUAACUUAUCAUCUGAAUGAUCAAUCUGGUCGCCGGAGGAUAAUUCCAAGGUCGAGGCAUGUUUUGGAAAAAUCUAGGUCGAGAUCAAGGCCAUUGCCAUGGAGGAGAUCAUUCGGACGGCCAGGUUCAGCUCCUGAUUCUGUUAUCUUCCAUCGAAAGCUUCAGUGGCGAGCUAGUAUAUACAAUAAGCAAUUACGAGCUGUUCGAUUACAUUUGAGGCGAAACCUGGAACUAGUGAAUGAUCACGCCAAAGAUAAAAUAAUUGAAAGAAUUGAGACAUGGAUCAGAAGAGAGCUUCAGGCAGUCCUCGGAGAUCCUGAUCCAUCAAUCAUUGUUCAUCUUGCGUCAGCUCUUUUCAUCAAAAGGCUUGAGAGAGAGGAUAAUCGACAAUCUCGGCAGACUGGGAUGUUGGUGGAAGACGAACUCUCUUCGCUUCGAAAGUUUUUGUUUGACAAGGAGGAUAUAUUUUGGCAUGAACUAAGAUGUUUUGCGGAGAGUAGUCUCACUAUGGAUGCGUAUGAUGCAGUGGUUGAAUACAAUGAGGUGGAGUAAUAAUAGCAGUAAAAAGACAGAUAACUAAGCACUAAGCUCUCACCAAACGAAGUAAAUGGACAGACUUACAACGCGACUGUUGGUGUAUUGGAAGUUCAAUAUUGGAAAGAGUGGACCAGGUAAGAAGACAAAAUCAAGAGUAAAAGAGUAGGUAGGAGGAAGAUGUUAUGAUGAUGCAAGUUUAGGUGCGGGGUUACUUUUGAGAUAGCUAUAGGUGGAUUCCCAAAUAGCUGACACUUAGUCUCUCUACUUCCACAAUGUACGUCUCUUCUAUGCCAAAAUUCUCACCUCCAAAGUUCUUUCCAACGCUUUUCCUCACAUCAUCAAUUUUUUCUUAGGUUUCGAGGACCACCUAUUUCAACAUAACAUUAAAAUAUUGUGUAUCAUGUGACUAUUUAAUUUUUUAUUUAUUAAAACUAUACACAUAAUUUUACAUAAACA